UGUAUUGAUAUUUAAAUUUUCUGCACAUGUAGUGGUGCUUAAUACAUUUGGAAAGAGGACCAUACUUAGAUAGACAACACUUGGCUUGGUUUGUAAUCCCAUAAGGUAUUGAUUGCAAAAAUGGUUAUAUGGAGGCUAAGGAACUGGUAUGACUAAGAAACAUUGGGUUGUAGAGGAAAGGAAUCAGAGAUUAGCUGAUUUUUAGACACAAGUGUCUUAUGUUUGUGUAAAAUCUUUCUUGUGUAACUUUGUAAAGUUCAUAAUUAAUAUAAAUGUGUAACGGUGUAUCUUACUCUUAUCUAUAUAGCUCCCUGAAGACACACGAGGUUAAGGUCCAAGAAGUAGAGGACAUGGACACAUCUUGGAUCAAAUCUGAAGACAGAAACACGGUCUUGGACAUGGUCCUGUGCUCUCUGUGUUCCUACCACAAGAGACUUCUCCACUGCAUCCUGAAGUUUGCACAUGAAGACUACACGGUGUCAUUGGGCACGAGGGAUUCCCACCGACGGACUCCCUCCUCGGAGCCCAUGUGUUGCCCUAAUGGGAGGAGGGCGUGUGAGGGGGGAGGUGGUAGUGCCUGCUGUCUCCGGUCCUGCCAACUGACCGCGUGUCCUGUCACCUCCGUCUGCGUCUGCCUCAGUAACCUUCACGGCCUAGCCUGCCCAAGCGUCACACUCAGCUGCAUCAAAAAGGUCUGUGCUUCCUCUGCAGUUUGUCACAGCCAUCAUGAGACACUGUCAUGCACUCACCCUGCUUGCAGAGAUCAUCCCUGCUUCACACACAUCAAGACCAUGGGAAGCAUAGCCACCCAAACAAAACACCAGCCAGCCUCCUUCAAUACCCACGAAGGUAGCCGCAGUCCAUCUCCUCCUCCACUUUCACCGAUGCCCCUGGAAACUGAUUUGAAAGUGUCUGAAAGCCACUCUCUAAACCAAGCUUUGGAGUGCAAGCUCCUUUGUAUACAGCCACCUUUUCUAGAGGAAGAGACUAAUGAUUUCUCGCUCUCAGUCAAAACUGACCAGGCAGAUGUGUGCACGGAUGAUGACAAACCGCUUCAGGUGGACCUGGAAGGUGAGCUAGAGAAGCCUUUUGGAGACCUAAUGGACAGGAUCACAGAAAAGCUCAAGUCCAUCACACCACAAGAAGAGGAAAAUCUGAUCUUAUCAAGCAGCCAGAGUCCUGAGUCCAAAGAUGAUGUCCACUUAAAAGAGAUCAUAACAACAGUGUUACAUAGUAGUAACGAAAAUGAUUAUGACCUGGACGAGCUUCUUCAGCAACAUGAGAGCAACAAAAGCAGAUCUCCUCAGACCCGCUCACGCAGUAGGCAGGAGACACUGGCUGCCAUGUCCAUUUCUCCGGAUCAACCAUCUGUACGCCGACAGAAUUUACAGAUCAAAAUGGAUAUUGCUAGACUUACCCCACCUGUCUGUAAGAGAAGACUUGGCAUGCAGAAAAACAAACCUCAGAACACCCAGUCUGAGCCAGCACCCCUCUUACACUCAGAAAUACUCUUCCCUCUCAGUUUAGAGGUUGAAGUACCAAAGGAAACAGACCAGCAGAUGCAGGAAAGUCCCCACAACAAUCAUGCUCCACUGAAACCAGACCCAGAUAUUUGUGAGCAUGUAACAGAGAGUAACAAUUAUGAAGAAGAAAAGGAAUCCCCUCUCAGCGAAAUGGAGUUUCGUAUACAAAAAACAGGGACCAAACAAAACAAAAACAGAGAUAAGUUGAAAUGUCCCCCCAUAGUUGACACUGCUGAAACUACUAGAUCAAGACGAAAUAUUGUUCCUCCUCAGCGUUUCUCCUCAUAUGUCACAGAGCCCAGACAGAUGUACUUUGCAGCAUGUUUUUCAGAGAAUAUUUUCAUUCGCAGAACACCUACAGAUCCCCAAAAUGUUAGCUCCACUGCAGAGACCAUCAACAUUUCAAGUCAAAUGACAGACCAGAAGCUCUCUUCAAAAUCGGCCACUGAAGUUCGACUAAAAGAUAAACUUUCUUCAGACCAUGUUUCCAUGGACAAUGAAUUGACCUCAACAGCUCGCCCGUUCAAUCAACUGCAAUAUCCCUCAGAACAGAAAGAAACAAAACAUAGCUCUCCCUCACAGACUCCAGAAACGGAAGAAGCUGCCAGUUUACACCUGACUAGACCCUCAAGAAAAUGUAAAACAGCCUUUAACAGAAGUCCAGAAAAACAGCCUUUGACAGUCCAGAAAAAAAGUCCAGAAAAAGAUUUAUCUACAGAUGACAAUUUAGCCAUGAACACGGGUGAAAGGAAUACUGAGUCCCAGAAGUGUCCCUCAGGAAUCCAUUAUACAAGUCCCAUUAAACUGAUGUUUGUGUCUCCAGUGAUUGGGGAGGAAGGGGUACGAUAUACCCUCAAAUCUGCUACAGUGGAUCGCUCAAAAGGAGAAGUAUUCGAUCCCUGUGAGGCAUCAUCAUGGGGGGGCCCUGAUGUAGUCACUGAGAACACCCAGGAAAUGGUCUCUCAAAGCUCAUCACCAAAGCCUCUUGAGACUGAAAGAGAUACAAAUACAUCCCCCAAAAGUGGUCUGGCUUCUGAUAUAGCUACUCUGUCUACCCUGUCAAACACUGAGGCCCUCAAUAGGGAAGUAACCCCUGUGAAGAGACGACCUGGUCGCCCCAAAAAGCUAGGGCCUCAAAUCCAAAAGCCAGCCAAAAGACCCAUUGGUAGACCACCUAAACAUAAAAUACUAGACCCUGGUGGAAUUAUUACUACAGAUAAGGAAAAAUCAAUGAAGGACAAAACCUUUGGCACUUCUUGUGAUGAGGAGGAGAGUUCCAGUAAAAACCUCAAAAUAACUGUUGUCUAUGGAAGAUCUCGCCGGAGUAGAAGAUUGGUGUCUGAGAGUCAAGAUGUGCAGACAAAGCAUGUGAGUGAAGCCCUCUGUUUUGGAAAACCCAGUGAUGACUCCACAAAGACCAUGUUUAUGGAUGGCGAGGAGAACAAUGGCAUAGAUGCCGAUUCUCUUACUGAAAUGCCCAAAGAGCAGAUGGAAGAUUUAAAUUUUGUCAGACCAGUAAAGGAAAGAAGAGGCAUGCCCCAUUCAAGCAGUCACAUAAAAUGUCAAAAGCAGAAUGGUGCCCUGGCUAUUCGAAAGCCAGGGAGGCCCCCAAAGGUGAAAAUUUCAGGUAUUUCUGUAACUGUUACCACAGUUUCACCAAGACAACGGAAGAUCCACAUGAAUCGAGAGAUGAAAGAUUCCCCCCCAAGAAGAAGGUAUCUUCUCUCCGAGUACACCACUCCCAAAGAGCCAAAGAAAAUCAACACAGACAAGGGUGAACAAUCUAAAGAGACCAUUGCUGUCUCUGGUCAAGAAAGUACCGAGGUAAGGGCACCAGGGUUAGCAGUGAGGCACUCUGUCAGAGAAAGAAAACCUUCCAUCUACUUGCUCCACUCAGUUGCCACCUCAAGAUCCUUCAGUCACAGCAAUGCGUUGUUGCGUAGGUCUCGCAAGGUCCUCCUCAACAAAGCUAACAGUGAGACUAAGAAGCAUGAGAAUUUUAAAGGAAUCACAAAGGAUGCACUUUCAAUAAACCGUAAGGUGAAAACGGUUACCAACAUGCAAGACUUGAGUCAGUUUUCUGCCAUUUCAGUGGACUCGAUAUUUACAUCCAAUGAGUCUUUAAAAUGGUGGCCGACAUCGGCAUCACCCAAAACUUUAAAUGAAGAAUUGGAGAGAAGAAUCAAGCUCAUGUCCAGCACUUGGGUCUCGGGCGUAACAGAAACUAACAAUGGUGAUCUCAAACCAAGAACAUCUUCUAGGGCUAAUGGAUCCAAGAAAAUACCCGUGUCGGCUGUCAAGACUCUCUUUGAGAGGCACUAUGACAUGGACAAACUGUGUGCUUGGUUCAUGCAGACAACGGAGACUAAGCCAUUGGCAAUUGUUAAAAAUUCAAGUGCUAGAAAUCCAUAUGAAAUCAUGCACUAUCCAACGAGGGUCUCUAACAGAACCAAUCUUACUCCAAGUCCACAGGCAGAACGACUGCGAAAGCAUGUGAAGAAAUUUGCAAAAAUUGUCCCAAAGAGUCCCAAGAUGCACCAGCAAGCACAGGACAUUAUGUGCAAUAGGUUACAAGCAAAGCGCCUCUCUCUACAAAGACUGCUGGGAAAAACCGCUAUUGGCACUCAAAAUGAAUGUGUAGAACCUGGAGAAACAACAUGGGGGAAAUACAGAGCUACCCUGCACAGAGUAAGGUCAAAAUUUACCACCAAGACUAGAUGGAGAUGUCACAGUAAGACUCCAUCUGAUUCGGUCACAGAGAGUGAAGUGUCCUGUGUUUCAAAUAUCCCCCAGCCAACAAUUGACCAAGGACCUGUGCCUCCACAGGCAUUAGACACUUUCUUAACCCCCCUUGCAAGUGAUGAAAUAACGAACCCCCCCGGAACCCUUACCAAGGAAGAGAGGAUCAGCUCCAAGGCAUGGAGUCCUGAAUCACUGAAGGAGUGCAGGGUGUUCCUGAAAAAGAUCAAUUCCCCAGACAACGAACUGACUGCUGAAGAAUGUAAUAUUUGCACAGUGGAGCCCUGCAAUGUCUUGCCCUCUAGGUACAGCACAACAGCUGAGCACAAGGAGAUGGAGAAGGCGGGAACAGCAAAAGGGGUGAGGGCUAGAAGCCUUUCCAGGAAGUUGAAGCCACGCUCGUUCCAAAAAGAGCUGCAGGUGUCAACCAGAGGAGUGAGAAGAGGCAAACACAAAAGUCUCAGUGCGAGUGCGUCACCACCUGCUAAAGCAGCACGACAAUCCAGAAGCAACAGAGGAUUAUCCACAGCCAAGUGGGGUGACUUUGUGCUGGGCAGUGCCAAAUGAGAGGGAAUCCCCAUGGCUGUGAACCAGGUGCCUUCAGUAGUCCUCACGCGCUAGCGAGCCGUAGGACACAGAACCUCAGAAAGCAAAAUGUAGCAUAACUUUUAAGUUAA